CUAGCCUUAUCAUGUAAACGUAUAAUAUUACACCAUUCACAGUGAAGAGACGCGUUAUCUCUCACACUCGUAACUAUUUGAUCGUUUGAACAGAAGAGCUUUCCCCCAUCUCAUAUUUCAAACGCAUCCUUUUCCACCUAUUCUUAUCGAGAUGUCGGGUCAGCGUUUGCAUAAUCGCAUUGCCAUAGUCACGGGCUCAUCCCAAGGAAUUGGCAGAGAAAUUUGCAAUCAGUUCUUCGUAGAAGGCGCUUUCCUUAUUUGCGCUGACCUCAAGCCCACUGGGCAAGGCGAAACAGUUCCUACGCACGAAUGGAUUUCGCAGAAAGGCGGGAAGGCCAUCUUUGUGGAAACAGACGUAAGUAAAGCCGAAAGCUGGAAAGCUCUGGUUGCAAAGGCUGUAGAAGUGUAUGGCAGGCUUGAUAUUGUUGUCAACAACGCAGGCAUAUGCAGCGAAGCAGGGAAUCCGCAGCCCAUCGAUCAAGUCGAAGAAGACGCCUUUGAUGCGCACAUGCACAUCAAUGCGCGCGGCGUGUUUCUCGGCUCCAAAUAUCCUGUUCAGCAGUUCAAGAAGCAGGAGCCGCAUGCCAAUGGCAUGCGUGGGUGGAUUGUCAACUUCGCUUCCAUGGUCUCAAACAUUGGCAUGCAGGGUCUGACUGGGUACACCGCGUCCAAGGGCGCUGUUGCGGCUAUGACAAGGACUAUCGCUUUGGAUGUGGCAAAACAGGGUAUCGUUGCCAAUUGCAUUGCUCCUGGAUUCUCACAAACUGCUAUGCUCGACAACGCACUAGGUGGUGCACUGAGCGCUGCGGCAGAGGGCGUGAAAGCUGCUAUUCCCCGCGGCAUCUUUGGUCAACCGCUGGAUCAUGCAAGGGCGGCAGUUUAUCUUGCUAGUGAUGAUGCGCAGUGGAUUACAGGAAUCACAUUGAACGUUGAUGGUGGCUUAGUAGCGCAGUAGAUGCAGUAGAGCAAUGGGCCAUGAUCUUGUGCAGUAGACACUUCAAGUAGCGCCUGUAGCGAUCCCACAAAAUAACGACUUCUCCGU